CCGACGGAACUUUACGGGCUAUGAGAGUCGAUUUAGGAGUACUUAUGGAACUUUCGGGAGUAGAGUACAUCAUUGAUGUCUGCCACUUCAGUGAGUCCCUCGUUCCAGUCGGCGUGUGUCAGUCUUUGGUGUCCAUUCAAUGACAUUUCGAUUGCUUGGUGGGAUUUCCUGUGCUUCGGUACGUUUAGCGGAAAUUCUACCAUUGAUCUUAACCCAUCUCCACCUCGACUUGGGGAUUCGGGAGUAUUUUUGUCACCCUGAUCUGAAGAGUCGAUGGAAGUAUUUCCUGGCGAGGUGACAAGCAGCCACUGUGGCUCGCUUUGGGGGGCGGAGGGGGGGGUCGCCCCCCGCCCUCGAUACGCCCUGGAGCACGUUUUCGCCGAGGCCUCGUGUUUGGAAUGACUUCUAGCCGCCAUGUAAUCAGAUUACAUUGAAGAGGAAGCGCCCCGCGCGCACGCGACUCGGGGGCGCGAAGAGGAAACACCGUUAGGCGCGCGCACGCGCAACACGAGGGAGGGAGCCUCCCCGCGCAUUUCUCUUCAACAGACGCGCGCGCGCGCGCGGAGGAGCAGCCGGCACGUCGAGACCAACACAAGUUCGUCCGAGUCCAACUCGCGGAGGAAAAACCGAGACGAAGCGGCGGGACGUCACGACAAGCGACGACCGACAACCGAGAGGUGGAGUGAGAUGACGGCGCGUCCCGCAGCCUCCGGGCCGGUCCUGAUGGCGGUCCUGCUCCGGGUCCUGGUCUUGGUCUCCGGGUACACCUUGGACGUGGAACAGGCGCUGCGCUUCGACGGAGCUCCCGCCUCCAUGUUCGGAUACUCGGUGCUGCUCCACCGGCACGGGAAGCGCAGCUGGUUGGUGGUGGGGGCUCCAGUGGACAACUCUUCUUCGUCGUCUUCUUCGUUGUCUCCAGGCGGCGUUUACCGUUGCGCCAUCGCGACGGAGCAACCAAACUGCCGGCUGAUGCCCGCCGACGUGGCGCAGUGCGGGAAGACGUGCUCGGCCGAGAGCGACCACCAGUGGUUGGGCGUCAGCCUGUCGCGACAAGCCGGCCAGCGCGGCGGAGCGGGAGGACACGUCCUGGCUUGCGCACACCGCUGGAAGAACGUGUUCUACUCCAGGAACGACAGACAGAACAACAAACUGCCGCACGGCGUUUGUUAUCGCUACGACGACAGCCUCGCGCACGCGCAGCCGAUCAUACCCUGCUACAGAGACCACCAGAGGAAGUUUGGCGAGGAGUACGGCUCCUGUCAAGCUGGAAUGGCCAACCGACUCGCUCAGGACCUGAUCAUCAUGGGCGCUCCGGGGACGUCGUACUGGACGGGUUCCGUGCUGGUCUUCAACACGUCCAGCGGCGUCAUGUCCGUCUACCUGGACGACGACGGCUCGGUGGGCUUCGGAAGCUACUUGGGCUACUCAGUGGACGCAGGGCACUUCCUGGAUGCUUCUAUCUUGGAGGUGGUGGGAGGGGCCCCGCAGUACAACCAGAGAGGAAAAGUGUUUAUCUUCUCAGUGGACGGCAACAUGCUACGUGUGCUAGCUCACGUUUCUGGAAGAGAGCUCGGCUCCUACUUUGGCGCUAGCGUGCGUGCAGUGGACCUGAAUGGCGACAAACUAUCGGAUCUCUUGGUGGGCGCUCCCAUGGCGACGGGUGCCAGCAGGGAGGAGGGGCGUGUUCACGUCUUCCUCAACCAGGGGCGGGCGAAGCUCGUGGAGGCGGAGUUUCAGCUGAGCGGGGGCAACGCCCUCGCCGCCCGAUUCGGGGAGACCAUCGCGGACUUGGGGGACCUGGAUGACGACGGUUAUCCGGAGGUGGCGGUGGGUGCCCCUCAGGAGGACGAUCUCAAAGGGGCCGUGUACAUCUACAACGGCGGGAGACACGGCAUCUCGCAAACGCCAUCGCAGAGGAUCAGCGGGGCGGUGCUGGGCGCUGACCUCCGCAUGUUCGGCCAAUCGCUGAGCUCGGGCGUGGACGUCGACGACAACGGCUACCAAGACGUUGCCGUGGGCGCGUUCCUCUCGGACGCCGCCGUCGUCCUCAGGUCUCGUCCCGUCCUGCAGGUGGCGGCCUCGCUCGUCCUGCCCGAGAGCAUCCAGCAGCAGGCGGCCAGCAUCGAUGUCAGCGUCUGCUUCCGAGUCACCUCCAGACACUACAAAGGAGCCAUCGAUCUUCAGUACGACCUGACCUCCGACCUCCUGCACCAGCCGUCCUUCCCCCACCGUUUUUAUUUCCACGGCAACGGCUCAUCCAAUAGCACGAGGGCCCGCGUGAGGGUGCGCCUCGGCCAGCUCGGCUGCACCAACCACGUGGCGUAUCGAAAGAAGGACGUGCGUGAUGUUUUCACGCCGGUCCGUUUCGAAGUGUCCUACAGCCUCCGCAAGACGACCGCUCACAAGCAUGCCAGCAAAGCCUUCGCGGCGCUCAGGCCGGUCCUGCGGAGGGCGGCGGGGAACGGCAAUACCGUCAGCAACCAGACGCUGUUCGCUCGCCGCUGCGUCCUGGCCAACUGUUCAACGGACUUGCGACUGGACGCCGCGCUGGUCCUGCCUCGGGGCGCUCGCUACUUUGCGCUGGGCUCCGGCCGCGGCGCGAUGCUCAACGUCAGCCUGGCGGUGGCCGGAGACGACGCCUUCCUGCCGCGGCUCGCCCUGCGCUUCCCCCGCGACGUGCACUACGUCAAAGUCGUCGACAACGAGGACAAGGUGGUGAGUUGCGAUGUCGCGGAGGAAGCCAACCGCAUCACGGUCGGAGUCGCCUGCAGCUUCUCCAGCCUCAUCCUGGCAUCUCGCUCCCUGGUGAACGUCAGCUUCCUGUUGGACGUCAACCGCAACGCGACACCGGGCCACCUGGUGGUUCACGCCCACGCCAGCAGUGAGAACCUGGAAAGCUCCGAGUAUCUCCACGACAACGCCGUCGCCUUGUCGCUUCCUCUCAAGUACGGCGUCGACGUCAACAUCCACGGUUUUGUGACUCCGACGUCGUUUGUGUUUGGAGACGACGCCGCGGCGGUCCAAUGCUACUCGCAAAGCUUCAACUACACGUACAAGGUGUUGAAUUCGGGUCCGAGCAGGUCGGUGGACACGCUGGUGGAGGUGACGCUCCCGAAGCUGCUGACGCCGUACCCGCACCGGUUGCUGCGGGUGGCGGACUGGCAGACGUCACAAGGCGGCUGCUUUGUCAGCGACGCGACCGUCCCCGUCAUCGACGGCUGCGAUGUCCCGCGGGCGUCCCUCUUGAAACAAAUCGUCUUCUUCUUCUCGUCCACCUCCACGCGCAACAUGUUCUGUGGGCGCGGCGACCAGCUGUGCGAGCGUCUGCUGUGUCGCCUGGGCACCGUCGAGGCCGGUCGAGACGCGACCAUUCGGCUGGAAGUGCGACUGAACCCGGACGUCCUGCUGCAAGCGCCCGGUCGCCACGGCGUGGUCAAGCUGGAGAGCAGGGCGAUGAUGUCAUCGCCCAAGAAUGACCAACACACCGUCCUGGAGCGGGAGCAAACCCCCGCCGCGCAGGUGGUGGUGGAGGCGCACUUCAGCCGAAAACCGUCGUCGGCGAUCAAGGUGCUCAUCAUCGUGGUCGGUUUGCUUGUGGGUCUGACGAUCCUGGCGGCGCUCAUCUGGUGCUUGUGGAAGGCGGGUUUCUUCAAGCGGGCCUCGCAGAAGAACAAGGAUGAGGAGGAGAAGUUGAAGCGCGACAGCUGGGACUACGUCCCCAAACGCGGCGUCAGGGGCGAGAGCACGUCCUAACAACACGCGCAGGCGCCGCGCCGAUGGCCGCGAAAACGGAGGGAGAAACCAAGGGCGGCGAGACUUCAGGUUUCGCCGAGACAACACUUCCUGUUGGCGGGUGACCCUUUCCCGCCUCGAUUGCACCGCUUCCUGCUUGGCGUCCACCUUUUGCCGCUUGUCCGACAACACUUCCUGCUUGGUGGCCAGAGCUUCCUGCUCCACUUCCUGCCCGCCCCGGUGUACAACAUUUGCUGCCCAAAAAGUCUUCUUCAAGCACAUGACUUCCUCCUUUGCGUACAAGGCCUGCUGCUCCACUUUCCGAUUGCCGUCCCGACAUUUCCUGCUGAGCGAUGAGACUUUGUGCCUUGAAUGCAACACUUCCGGCUCCACUUCCUUCUUGGCAUCUUUGCUGUCACAUGACCACCGAGAGCUUGUCGGAAGUUGAAGUCACCGUCAACCUUUUUCCAAAUUUUGUUUUUAUUUUGACACAUUUUGUUUUGUUUGUAUGUUUUUAAAGUACUCGCUGCCUUUAUUUUUAUUUUUUUCCAUUAAUUUUUAUGACGAAGAAGCUCGGGGCGCUUCACUUUGUGUCACUCGCAUUUCACACUGGUGACUAUUUUUUGCCCUCCUGAUGUCAACUUGUGCACUGGAAAGUCUUGCUCGUGUUUUGAAUAAAGUGCUAAGCUAUUUUCUAUCGA